CCAAGUACUCUUUUAUUGUUACAACUUUCAUUUGUUCAUGGCAUUUCACUUAAACUAAAUGAUGUUGAAACCCGUUGAAUCGCAAUCUUUGUGACGAGGAUAAGUUCCACAAUCCACAUUACUGAUUUGCUAAGAGUAUCGUGUAUGCAAGGUCCAGCAAGGAGUCAGUUAUGUUUUGAUUAUUCAAAUGGUUCAAUGGCACAUUUCAUGUCAUAGCUUUCAACUGACAAAGCUGUUCAAAAUAUAAAGUAAAACUAAAUUCACGAUAGUUUGAAGUAACACAUCACAUGGACUUUCAAAACCAUUUAAUACAAGAACAGCAUAUCGUGCAAACAACAAAAGUCAUUCUUGAAAAGAAGAUUUCCAGUCGUGUAUUGAAUGAGAAAGAGUGUCAUCAGAUUUGUGAACUUGACGUGUUAUGGAGAAAAUGUUGUGAAGCCAGCUCUGUCACUUCUUUGGCUGCUAGUGAAGCAUUGAUAACUCUAGUUGCUCAAAAUGUUUUAGACAUCAAAUAUGUUGUCUGCGGUUUUUUGGAUCAAAUAAUUUCAUCAAAAAAUGUUCUUGGAGUUAUUCAUGGUAUAACUGAAAUUAUCUGCCUUCCGACAAAGAAAGGCACCGAGCCAUAUCCUCUAAGUUUAACUUCCCAUCCGUAUGUAAUUAUUUUGAAAAACAAAUUUGAGACAUGGCCUUUGCUCAUUCUUGAACUUGAAUGCGUAUUCCAAAGAAAGAGCCCGAUGGUAAAGCUACUUAAAACAUUUGAGGCGUUCUUUCAAUACGUGCUAUAUAACACGAAACCUGACCUCUGCGCAUGCCGCAAUGUCUAUUCUCUUUUGCUGGAGAUCAUACCACAAUCAUUACGACAGAAAGAUGACGUCAUCGCUGUGGAAAUUAUAAUGAAGCUUCUAAUUAAACAUCUUAAGUUGUAUAAGAUGAAUAUCCAGUCAAUUGGUCACCGUGUUUCGCUGUGUCAGCAAACGUUACGUUUGCUUUUAAGAAAUGACGUCAUGGCUUUUAAAGAAUACGCGAAGAUGUUGAUGCUGUUGUUUAUCGAAAUAGCUGAUAAACAGCACUCCUUAUGUAUGCCAAUGACGUCAUCCCUUGUUUUAUUGAAAACAGCUCUGCUCAAAAUGCCUUCGAUAGCACUUGAACUUGGCUGUUUAUUUUGGAUCUCUCAUUUUAUGUUGACGUGUUCAAAACUUUAUGUUAAAGAUCUUCUUGAAAUAACAUCAAGUAUAGUCGAGUUCUUUUCAUCUCGUAAUGGUGGAGAAAAGCAGAAACUGGCUUUCUUUGUUUUGCCUUUACUUCAAAUCUUAGCCUCAUCAAAGCAAACCAACAAUGACGACAGUUUAAAUAGUUCACUCCUUACAAAUAUUUUGAACAAAGUUAUGCAUACCUUGGAAACUUGUCCUUCCGGUGAUUAUCCAGAAAACGAGCUACAGUCAUUUGGUUUACGUUUGGAAAAAUGUUGUUCAUGUGAAGAGAUUUUUACACUUUUAAGCUCCAGCAAUGAUCCAACAACGCUUUUGAAUUGGUUGGAAUCGGUGAAAUCAACUCUAGAAGAAGGAAAUUUGAAAGAAUUGAGUUUUGUUUCCUUGCUUCUCUCAAGUUUCCUCGUUACCUGCAAUGACUCGCAAGCAAUUCAUAUUCUUGAUGUGAUAUCGUUCAUUUGUAAAGUAGAUUCUACUCAGGCUCCAUAUUUUUUCCCAUUGAUGCUUUUUAUGUUGGAAAAAUCAAAAUCAUCAGAAGUGAAGUUUCAUAUAUUACAGACCAUACCGAGGCUUACAGUCCACCAGAUGUGUGUGAAAUAUGCUUUGGGUAUACUGUUGGCUUUGAACAACAACUUCGAAUUGAAAGCCAUAACUGUUAGGUUGAUGUACAAGCUAUGGCUGUUUCAACCACGAGUGUAUCCACAACUCUACAAGUUACUGCAAGAUAGACCACUCUCUUUGAAUGCAAAAGCGUUAGAAGAACUUCAAGUUUCUAAAGCUGUAACCAUUCGGGAUAUUUGUAGAGAAAGACCCGGUCAACAUGGCGAAGAUCUUUUUGGAUUGAUAUCUGCCAUAAUUCAUGAAAGUGCUGGACGCCAAUCCACAGUCAAUGUUGUGUUGUCGUGUCUUGCAUUGGAGUCUCUUACUACUCUAGUUGAAGCUGAGGUUUUGAAUCUCCCUACGACCUGGAAUGCUCUUAGAGAAAAACUAGAGACAGAUGUUCAUCCCCUUGUGACAACUGCUGCUUGCUCAAUGUUGUCAUUUCUACCCAGUUUGAAUGGUACAGCGGAUUAUGAGGGUUUUAAGGAUUAUGUACUAAAGUUUUUGUGGAAGCACGCUUUGGCUGAGAAUACUGCCGUGUCAGAUGCUUCUUUCAAAGCUCUAGCCAAUUUUAAAUGCGAAGAUUUUCUUAUCAAACAUCUACCUAUUCAGAAUCGUGUGCCAGUUAUACAGUAUCUAAAGGCCACACCAAAAAUAGCGAAAAAAAUUCGAGAAAGUCUAGAAAAUAACGAGGAAAUCGAUUUUGAAUCAUAUCCUAUUCCUUCCUAUUACUUUAUUGAACUUAUUGAAAAGAAAAUGCUUUCUACAUCAUUAGAAAUUUGUGAAGGUUUUGAAGAAUUUCUAAAGAACAUUUUGGCCAAUGAAGUUUCAAGAAUUCCACGUGGUGUGUCGUACGACAAUCAAAACGUGCCAACAUUCGACAAUAAAAUGAUGUCGUCUAUUCCAGAGCUUUUAAAAAGGAAAUACGACAAUUGCAAACAGCCAAAUCUGAAGGGUUUCCUUGCUGGCUCGCUUCUUUGGACAUACAACACCAGAAAAGAGAGCAGAUCUGGGAGGGCAACAAGAAGUCAGGUUGUCAACGAUAUGAAAUCAUACCGUCAGAUAAUCAGUCAUUUGAUACAAGAUAUUCCUAUUAAAUCCUCAGACUGGUUGUCAAAUAUUGAAAUAUCUCAUGGUUGGACUGUUUUCAUGAAAGGAGCUUUUGCUAAAUUUGUUGAAGGAAGAAAAAUGGAGCUGACUUUGCAAAAAGAAAGGGAACAUAUAAAUGAAGAAGCUUUUGUCAGUGGAAUUCAAACUGCCUGGUUGUGGGCACGAGAUACUUUAACAGACAUUCUAAAGCUUGGAUCAAUAGGCAGUCAUGUGAUGCAAGGCAAUUCUUUGCUUGCUCUGGCGGGCUUGGUUGAUUCAGUGGCGUCAUUCAAGAACAAGCAAACAGUCCAGGAAAACCAACUGAGUUUCAACGACAGUUAUGCUUGUAUGGAAACCUGGUUAACAUCAAUUGCCGAUCGUAUGCUUGUGACACUUGAUGCAAAUGUUCAAACCAAUGGACCUCCGAUGCUAUGGGGUCAUCAGGGUUUAUCGAUAACGUCAUCAGCCUUGCUUGCAAGAGCUUGUGCUGCUUUUGGCUUGACGCACAUCAUUCCAUCUUUACUUGAAGCUGAUUUUUGUCGUUUGCAGCAAAUUGUUGAUAUUUUAAUACGUAUGGCACGUGGUAAAGUUAUUCCUGGUAAUUCUCUGGUCAUCCAUAACCAUUCCUUCUUGGGACUAGGUUUGAUCGUGCGAAAACUUUCCAAUGAAGACAUAAGUUCGUCAUUGGGGCAAGAGGGUGAAAUUUUGUUGACGAAAUGCUUUGAAACAUUAGAAAUGGCUCCUGAAUUGUUUUUGCAAAAUAAUAUUGAUGGUGCUAUUUAUGCUUUUGCUCUGGGCAUUGCAUCGUGUUGUGAAAAUACAGCAAGUCCAGUGCAUUUAGCAGCGCAACAAGCUCAUUUAAAGUUGGUGAAAUUAUUUGAGGAAACAUUUUAUGAUAUGCAACAGGAAAAUUUAAAGAUAUUUUCACUUGCUUUGACUGUAUCAUCGUCCGGUAUUAUCAAGAAAAGUAAUCCACUCGUGACUGAGAAAGUUAUUCAACUCCUAAAUCAAGGCAUGGAAUCAGCACCAGAGAGUUUUCUUGUUGCGUUCUCACUGGGAACGACGCUUUGCUAUCUGAGGAGUAACGAUAGUGAAAUUAUCUCGUCAAUUUACAAUAAAUGGCGCGAUCUUUGGUACACUAUAGCCAAAGAUCAGUCAUGCUCAUCAUUAGCAAGAAUUUCAUCAAUUGGUGGAAUUUCAGCAUUACAUGGAUCCGCAUGGAAUCACGUGAUUGAAUGGAAUAUGAUAGAGAAAAUAAAUGUUGAAGAUGGGGUGAAGCUAUUAAAAGAACUAAUUGGUUUGCCUGGUGAUGCUAACGUUUCUGGAAGUAUUUGCUGUAACCUUGCUCGUUUAUACUUCGUUUACAGGAAAUCAAAAUCAUUGAUGUCCACAACUCCUUCUAACUAUGAAUAUCUUAACGAUGAAUCGUCCCUAAAAUACUUUUUACGUCUGUUCAUUUACCUGGAGCAUGAAGAAAGAAAUGAUUCAGAACUUGCUCUAAUUUUAAUGCUUCGUGUGUUGACGUAUUGUCCCGACGGUCCACUUCCGCCUUUAGAUUGGAAAAAAAUACUAACACCACUGAUAAAUAAAUUUACCGGUUCAUCCAUACACGUUUUGAAACUGGCGUUAGAAUCAAAAUCAGCUCCAGCGAUGACAAGUUUUCUGUCUUCUUGGCUAAAUUCUUUUGUUGUUUCAAACUUUACGGCUGAAUGCAAAGUUUUUUUGUUUUCAAACUUACAUCAACUGGCUGGCGUUUUGUCAACAUACAAAUUGAAGGAUAUUGUGGAAAUAGGAAUGAAAUACUUCCUCCAAGAACAGAUUGACUUGAAUGUUGCUGAGGCCGUUUUAGUUGGGUAUCAUGGCAUUCUACAAACUAUAGUGAAAGAAAGUUCCAUUGUUUGUUUGGCUGUCAAAGAUGGUGUAAAAAGAAUUUAUGAAUCUUUCCCGGGAGACCUCAAGGUUUUGAUACCCAAAUUGGCAGAUUGUAUCUGGCAUUUUAAAAAAGAAGAAAUUGGUGAUUUGUUGGAGCCCACUGUGGAGACGGAUAUAAAAAGUGCUUUGAUAAGAAGAGAGCUGAUCUCGAAGAAUGUAGCUUCUACGUCUGAAUAUGUGAAACCUUUGUUUCAUCUUUUUAUUGCUACAGGCGAUCCUCGUGUAAUCCUUGCUAUUAUGUCCUGUCUGUCUCGACGUCAAAUGAAAAAUGACGUCACUGAGGAAUUGGUCUUGUACUGUUUGGCCAAACUGGAGACUACCAGUUCUGACGAUCCGGAAAUUAGCGACUCUAUCUUGAGUAUUCUGUCUGCGCUUUCCAUCGUUUCUACUGAAGAUGAUGUUUUAAAUAUUACCCUCUCCUUACAUGAAGAUGGUCGCCUUUUCUGUCAAAGUUGUGAGAAAUGGUUCGCCUUAUUGCAAAGCCUGUUCCCUUUCAGUUUUGUGUCUAUGUUGUCCAAACCUUUCUGGAAAGGAAAGAUAGAAAAGAUAACAAAAAUAUUGUUGACUCGACGUGAUGUUUUAAAAGGCAAAGAAUCAUCUAGAUUAUUGCAUGAUUGCCUGCUUCGAUUUCAUAUCUUCGAGGUUUGUGAAAAGCAGUCAAUUUGGAAUGACAUUGUGAGUUAAAUAAGGUGCUACGUUUCAUGUUUCGUUUUCUCAAUACUCCCUAAAAUGACGUAGGCUGAAAAGUUAGUCACGUGAUGAUAUGUGAGUAUGCGAGAAACGCUUUGGUUAAAAAAGCUACAGAGAUGAAAGACCCAAUUUGUAAUAAACAAAAUCGUUUGUUGAUCAAGCAAAUGUAAAAAAUUGUCUCAUGCUUACUUAUGUUACUCAAAUCAUCAAUAAUACUCUAUACAAAUGACAAA